AUGAAAUAUGGAUUCAACGAUAAAACUCCGGCGAAUCUACGUGCUAUCAUACAAGGAGUUGGACAUGACGGCGCAUGGGUGACAUAUGCCCGAACAGAGGAAGAAGCCAAGAAAGCUCUCAUUCUACUCAAAUCGCUGCGGAACUGUUAUACUAAUCGGAACGUCGUUCUCAUGGCGGGCCCAGGUCUACCAGAGAAACUCAGGAUUCUUCUCAACACGAUAUUUGACGCGGUAUUUCCCCUGAUCCCGCUACAAUCCACUGACGAAAACGAAUUUGUGGACGAAAUGUUUCUACAAGUCUAUUCUUUGACGAUUUUUAAACGUAUACUUCUCAUGGAACCAGACUCAUUGGUGUUGGAAAAUUCUGAUGAUUUAUUCCUACAAAGUGAAGCACGGGUUGCCUUGGCUAAAAAAACGGACGCACUACUCCCAAUUCUUUUCGAACCGUCGAUAAAAUUGUGCCAUGAAUUCCGUCAAGAACUUCAGAAGAGUGGAGGAAUUCAACAAAUCAUAAUGUCGAAGCUCGAUGUGAACUGGCUGAAUACGGAGUGUUUAAUUCGAUUUGAUGCAAAAUACUGCCCUGAAAGGAAUCUGUCUUAUCCCAAAAUCACGGUCACGGAACCAAUGUCAACGGACAUAGAAUCGAAGGAAAUUUUCGAGAAUAUGGAUUACUAUCGAUGCAUUGAAGCUUAUGUCAACAAUUUGUUGAAUGGAGGUUUAGAUGUCAAGAAACCAACGAAGAGGGAACCAAUAGCCAUCAUCGGAAUGUCGUGCCGCAUGCCAGGAUCAAACAAUGUAUCCGAAUUCUGGAAAAUCUUUACCGAAGGAAAGUGUGCAAUUAGACCACUUCCAACCGAUCGCUGGACAAAGGACCAAUGUUACGACUUGACAAGUGCACAACGGGAAAUCCAGGCUGGUUGGUUGUCCUGUCCAAUUGACACCUGUGACCCCAAGUUUUUCGGUCUUAGUCACAACGAAAUGAUCUGGACCGAUCCACAACACAGAAUUCUGCUUGAACUUGUAUGGGAAGCCAUGGAAGAUGCUGGGGUCCCCGCUUCAUCAGUGUAUGGAACUAAUACUGGUGUCUUCUCUGGCCCGUUCACACAAGGUUAUUUGGAAAUGACUAACAAAUGGAAAUCAUCGGGGGACUGGUUUCGAAACUACAUGGGAAAUUCGAUAGGCACUCUUUCCUCCCGAAUCGCGCAUUUCCUUGGAUUAACAGGUCCCAACAUAUCAACAGAAUCUGGUUGUUCAUCAUCUGGUGUCGCUCUUGGCAUGGCAAUUAAUGCUCUAGGCAAGGGGGAAGCAAACCUUGGUCGCGUAUUCGACACUGAAGCAAACGGAUAUGUUCGUGGUGAAGGAUGUGGUGUUCUUUUACUUAAGCGACUCUCUGAUGCUGUGCGAGAUCACGACAGGGUCCAUGGAGUUAUUCUAGGUUAUGGUCAAUCACAAGACGGGCUAAGCAAAAGUAUGGGUACACCGACUGUUGGUGGUGAAGCUGCUGCUAUUGAAAUGGCACUUAACGACGCAGGCAUAAGCCCCAUUGACGUUCAACUAGUGGAAGCACACGGGACGGGCACAGCUGUGGGUGAUCCAAUGGAGAUUAAAGCAAUUGAGGCUGUUUAUUCAUCCAUCGAAAGAAAAGUCCCCCUCAUAAUCACGGCGGGAAAGGCUAACUUAGGUCACACAGAAUCAGUUUCAUGCACUGCAGGAAUUAUAAAGACGUUGCAGAUGAUGAAGCACAAUUAUGUCCCGAGACAGAUCGGGCUGGAUAACAUUAACCCGCUAAUUUUACCAGCACUAGAGACUAUUCCUGCCGAAAUAUCAGCCACUGGCCGAUCCUGGUAUGAAACGGAACAGGAUCACCGAAAAAUUGCCGGGGUUUCUUCUUUCGGCAUAACUGGAACAAAUACUCACACGAUUAUGAAAGAAUGGGAUCCAAAACUCGAUAACUGCUUUAAUAAUAUUCAGGAGCAAGCCCGAUUUGACAUUACCACAAUCUUGACAAUCUCCACCCAAACUGAAACCGCAUUAGAAGAAUACAUAGCCCGAUACAAAAAAUUUCUAUCGAAUUCGACUGAUAAGUUUAAUGAUGUCGCCUACACUGCAAACACGGGAAGAACUCACUUUCAACAUCGAAUUGCCCUUCACGCAACAAGUGGAAUGGAAGCUUUCCAAAAGCUUAAUCAAAAGAAAUAUAAAAUUAGUCAGAAGGUGCCUGAGAAAAGGCCGUUGAUAUUCCUUUUCCCAGGACAGGGAUCACAAUUCUAUGGCAUGGGUAGACAAUUAUAUCAUUCACAUCCGGUUUUUAGCACUGCCUUUGAUCACGCCGAAACCAUUUUGAACGAUAUGUUCAACCUGAAACUCAAUUCAAGUUCCAUAUUCGUCGUUGAAUACUGUCUUAUGAAAUUACUGGAGUCUUGGGGGGUCGUUCCUGAUGCAGUUAUUGGUCAUUCACUGGGCGAGUUCGGGGCUGCAGUUGCAGCUGGAUUUAUAACUCUGGAAGACGGGUUGCUUAUGCUCGGAACCCGAUGCAGAUUAAUUGAUGCUCUCCCUAGCGGACGAAUGGUGGCGAUUAACACACGCUUGGACCAUGCUAAUUCAUUGUUGCAAGUCUUCUUGAAGGCUCAACAAUGUAAUUCAGGAGCGCACAAGGACUCUUGGCUAGAUAUUGCUGCUGUAAACUCACCCACACAGACCGUCCUUUCUGGACCCACAUGUACAGUGCUCGACUUUGCUGACUUCUGCAAGAAUAACGGGGUAAAGGCACAUGUUCUUGCUUCGGAACAUGCCUUCCAUUUUCGUCAUAUGGACCAAAUACUGCGAGAAUAUGAAAACGUUCUAUGCUCAAUCGAUUUCAAAUCAGGCAAUCACAUUAAAUUUUUUUCUGGCCUGGACGGAAAACAAGUUUCGCCUGCUAACGUUGACUACUGGAAACGACACACCCGGGACGCGGUACAAUUCUGCGGAGGAAUUGAAAAUCUAGAAAAGUUUUUUACUUCUGUUCCAAUUUUGUUCGUAGAAGUCGGACCACAUCCUAUUUUAUCCGCGUUAGUUCACGCGAAUGUAUCGCCUGCUUGCGAUAUCAAAUGUUUACCCACAAUGCGUAACAGCAAAACGACAACUGAAACUGAGCUACAAGAAGCCAUUUGUUCUAUGAAAAAUGACGUCGUUACAAGAAGUUACCCUCUGAAAGAUGUUCAUCCUUGGCUGGGAGAAAUGAUGGUAUUUCCCGGGAUGAAGUCACAAAGACAAGAAAUAGAAACGCAAUACAGGAACGAAGUAGGAUUAACGAUCUACCCAUAUGUGGCAGAUCAUAAAAUCUUCGAGUUUAUAUUAGUUCCAGCUGCGGUAUUCUUAGAAAUUGCGCUACGCGCGUCUACGCUUCAUGGCAUGGGAUUUCCGAUCGUGCUGACAAACUUCGGAAUUCAAGCGGCGCUCCAACUGGAAAACGAUAACUUACAGCUUUGCACAACGGUUGUAUAUGAUAAUGAUGGUGAAAGUAAAAUUGGAGCUAUUAGGUCAUACUCUAAACAGAUAACUUCGGCAGAGCAAGAUUGGCAACUGCAUACAGAAUGUGAAUUUCAACCUGAAUUUUCGUACUCUUCAGUGGUGACCGGCUUGAUAUUUGAAGGUAUCGACACUAUUCGAAAACGUGUCAAACAAAUUCGAGACCCUGUGACGAUGUACCAAUCCCUUUACGAUAUGGGCUACAAGUUUGAUCAACGUGAUCUGUGUCAUCCAAUUCUUUUGGACGGGAUGUUGCAGGCGUCCAUUAUCUUGAAGGAAGAGACUAAUUCAAUUGGCCAGCUCAAAGUUCCUGUUGGUCCCGAGAAACUAUUUCUGUCUAUAUCCAUUGUAACAAAAACAAUGUAA